AUGAAGGUCACCUACGCCUUGGCCGUUGCGGCCACUAUCGAGCAGGCCUCUGCUACUUUUGGCAUUGGCGGUGAUGUCUUCAAGUACUGGACUGGACUGAAGCCUUUCACUUGCCCCGGCAAGGUUCCCGUCAUCUGCAAGCCUGACCAGGUUCCCGGCUAUGACUGGAAGGACACUCCCAUCGGCCCCGUUGGUGGUUACGGCGGCUGUGAUUUCAAGGGCUGGACCUGCAAGAAGAAGUUUGGCCGCCGCGACAUGCUUGCUGGUCGUCAGGAUGACGGUAGCAAACUUAUCGAGGCCGAUGUUGGCGCUGAUGGCACCAACAACCCCGUCAUAUCCGCUGGCAGCGACAUUGGCACCUUCGAUAUUAACAGCUUCUCUGUUGAGUCCGAGUUCGAUGCUCGCUUCGAGUUCCACUACACCAUGGAUGAUGGCUCCAUCUGCAAGCAGUCCUCUCCCGUCUCCAGCCAGGGUACCUCCAUCGUCAACACCCAGUGCGGUGGUGCCAAGUCCGUUAAGAUUGUCCUCCCCGAGAACCAGGGCGGCAACCAGAAGAGAACCUUUGGCCUUCUGAAGAAGAUUUGCAAGGUCAAGUGCCACAAGAUUGACUUCUGGUGCAAGCCUCCUCAGACUACCACUCCUCCUGCUCAGACAACCCCUCCUGCCCAGACAACCACCAAGAACACUCCUCCUCCCCAGACGACCUCUACCUCGGUUGAGACUGUUCCUGGCACAACCAGCAAGGAGACUACUCCUCCUGCUCAGACUACCACCAAGCAGACCACUCCUCCUGCUCAGACUACCUCGACGCCGGUUGAGACGGUUCCUGGUACCACGAGCAAGGAGACUACUCCUCCUGCCCAGACUACCCCGACUACCUUCGAGACAGUUCCUGGCACCACCAGCAAGGAGACCACUCCUCCUGCUCAGACAACCCCUCCUGCCCAGACAACCACCAAGAACACUCCUCCUCCCCAGACGACCUCUACCCCGGUCGAGACUGUUCCUGGCACCACGAGCAAGCAGACCACUCCUGGCCAGAGCACGCCGCCCGUCGUCACCACCAGCCUCAUCACCACCACCUACGACACCACCUCGACGGUCUUCACCACCACCACCAAGACCAUCACCAGCUGCGGUCCCGAGAUCACCUCUUGCCCCGUUAAGACUCCUGGCGAGACUCACACCGUUACUGUCACCAUCCCUGUCAGCACCACCAUCUGCCCCGUCACUGAGACUCGCCCUGUUGUCAUCACUCAGACUCAGCCCGCUGAGACCCAGCCCACUGAGACCCAGCCCGCCCAGACCUCUGACAAGCCCAAGGAGAGCGAGACCAAGACCUCUCCUCCUGUCCCCUCGCAGUCUCUUCCUUGCCCCGAGUCUGUUCCUCGCUGCUUGACCUCGUGGCUCGACGUCGUCAAGGAGUGCAAGAACAAUGCCGAUGCUGCCUGCUUCUGCAAGAACAGCGAGUUCACCAAGAACGUCUUCAACUGCCUGUACUCGUACAGUGGUAGCGACAAGGACGUCGCAGACUCCAUCUCCUUCUUCCAGGGUAUCUGCGCUCCCUAUGCCGGCGGCAACCCCAACAUUGUCACUGGCGCCGAGACCAUUACCAAGAUCAUCACCGUCACCGCCGCUCCCCAGCCCAGCGGCACCACCAUUUCCAUCGACACCACCGUCACCGAGCCCUACGUCACCGGUGGUAGCACCGUCCCUGGUAGCAGCACCACUCGUGUCAUCAGCACUGAGAUGCCCGUGCCCGUUGUCACCUUUUCUCCUCCCGCUGGAGAGAAGGAGCCUGUUGCUACUCCGGCUCCCACCACCGUCGCUCCUGGCCGGCCCACGGGCACUGGUGUUCCCAUUGCCCCAUCUGGUACUGUUCCCGUCGUUGCGGGUGCUGGCAAGGCCCAGGCCGGUAUCUUCGGCGCCAUCGUCAUGGCCCUCGUUGCUGCUCUGUAA